GAUUGACAACCAUCAACACACAUGGGACAGCUAUUCAGAUAGUUACUAUAUUAAUAGACUUCCUCUGUUUUGCAGAAGGCUACCACGACCUAAAAAUGAAGAGCUCCAACAGAAUUUCUGCUCUACUGUGGGCAGACAUAUUGGUGGCUUUCGCGUUGUUUGUGAUGCAGGAUUAUUUGACAGAUGUUUGGAAUCUAAGCUUCACUCAUGCUGCUGCCAUUCUGAAUCUCUGGAAUGGAAUGUCUAUGGUGUUACAACCUUUCUUCGUCGUCCUCGUCGACGCCCUUCUUGGAAAUUUCACGAUGCUGCUCAUUUCCAGCACGGCCUACAGUCUCGGGAUUGGUUUCGUAGCGAUGUCGACUCCACCGGUUCUCGGCACGUGCAACAGAUACGAGCAAGAAUGCAUCGGUCCAACGCAGAAACCUCUCUUCUACGCAGGCAUGGCGUUGAUAGCUGUGGGGGUAGCCGGCAACAACGUCUCGUUGAAACCUUUUCUUCAAGAGCAGGAAGAUAGAAACCUCGACGCUGCGCCAAACUUCUGCCUGAAAAUUGCCGGUGCUGUUUUUGUGGCGAUUGUGGCAUUAGUCGGCGCCAUUGCGCUUCCAUACGUCAAACCGUGGAGCCUCCGGUUCGGAAUCCCGGCAAUCUGUACAGUUGUAGCGACCGCGCUUUUCCUCACCGGUCUCUGCUGCUACAGAUACGACAGGAGAGGAGCAGAAGGGAGCCAGGUGAAGAGCCUAUGCAGAGCGCGCAUGAUACCGAUGCUGACGACCUUCGUAUUCUGCGGCGUCGUCUCCUCGGUCGGAAACACGUACUUCGUGGAGCAAGCCAGUAAUCUGAACCGCAACCUCGGCAAAUGGAAGGUUCCUCCGCAGGUGCUGCUGCUGGCGCAGAAGGCGGCGGCCACCGUGGUGAGCGAGGCGCUGAAAAGCCAAGGCGUGGCGGCCGGUAAAGGGGUCGUGACGGCGAUAUCGUUUGCAGUUCUGUGCUGCAUAACCGCCGCGAGAAUGGAGCUGAGGAGGCUUCGGAUCGUGCGGAGGCACGGCCUGCUGGAGAAGCCCGACGAGGAGGUGCCGAUGAGCAUCUUCUGGCUGAUCUUCCAGUUCGUGCUGCUGGCGUGCCUCGAGAAGUUCUUGGAGAAGAGCGUGGAGAAGAUGAACGAGGCGGAGUUCCCCGACGACGAGGGCGAGAGGAGGUAUCCGGACAACCUGGCGAAGGGGGUGUCGGGACUGGGAUUCAUGUGCGGCGUGCUGUCGGUGUAUGUGGUCGGAGAAGUGAGCGGGCGAGGAGGGAACGCCAGCUGGUUUCAGGACACGUUGAACACGAGCCGGUUGGAUCGGUAUUAUUGGGUGCUGGCGGCGUUGGGCGCCGUCAAUCUAUUCGUCUACGCCGUCGUCGGCUUGUGCUGCAGAUGCUUCAAUCGGUAGCGCUUCUUUGCUGCUGUUGAAUUCACCUCCUUCUGUUUGAGGGAAAAUGGAAGUUGUUUUUAUUGAGAAGAGAAGAGAUUUUUCGGAAAAUUAUCUUAUUGUUGAUUUAUGUUAGUGUAAAUUUUGACACUAGUCUUCUUUA